AUGGCGUAUGCACAAUGGGUUGUCAUUCAUAUCAUCAACAGUUUCCGAAAUGGAUCGAUCAGUGUCAAAAAUGCGGAAGCCAUGUGGGGUAAAUUCCACAAGAAUGGGAACAAGGACGCGGAAAUCGGCGCUGGCGAAGUGAACAAGAUCAGCGUUGGCGCGGGUUCGAGCGAGAAGGUAUCUUCGUGUGGACGCUCUGACUCUGCUUCCGGCACCGAAGGUAAAUUUGACAUUUAUGACGGCGACAACAGAGUCUGCACCGUUUACUGGUCUUGCCCUUGGGGUUCCAAGUCGAACAACUUUCAGAUCCAGAACCGCAACAAGGACUAUGGUAUUACUCUUGGUGAUUGGAACCAGGACUCUGGUGCCCUUGGAGAGGUAGACGUUGACAUCUCGAGGAAGGGUUAG